UACAAAUCCCCACGAUUGAAGGGAAUGAAAUCAUGACGAUGAAAUCUCUUUUCUUUCCCUUUUCGCACGAAAGAUCUUUGUUUGCUCAGGGUUGGUUGUUUCUCAACUCAAUGCAAUUUCUAUGCAGGAGGAUGGUUAAAGGUUUGCGGACUGUGACGUUUCGAUGAGAAAAUGCCACGAUGCUGCGGCGCGUCUUUGGUUUCCGUCAUGGACGGCGACGGGUCUCCGCAGAGUCUCGGUUUGCAGAUUCAGGACGGCAAUCCCCGAAUAAAACCGCCCUAGCGCCCGGCCACAGUUUGAUGGACUGGAUUCGAUUGGGCAAUUCUGGAGUCGAUCUAACCGGCGUUGGUGGUGUUCCACGGGUCGUAACAUUAUCCGAGCUGGCCAGUCAUAAUAAGCAAAACGAUGCUUGGAUCGCGAUUCGAGGAAUCGUGUUCAACGUGACACGUUACAUGGAUUUCCACCCAGGAGGGAUAAGCGAGUUGAUGAGAGGGGUCGGCAAAGACGCGACCAAACUGUUCGAAAGCGUGCACGCUUGGGUCAACUAUCAGAGCAUCCUUCAGAAAUGCGUGGUGGGAAGGCUGAGCCGUGGCUCGAUGAGCGGUUCCUCCUCGUCCUCGAUGGAAAACUCCGCCACCAAUUGUUCAUCGACGGCCCAGAACCUGAUAACAACAAGUUGCACGACUCAUAGUACCAGUCAAGAAAACGUGUCGGACGGUGAUUUGUCGAAUAUAAAAAUGGAUUGGAGGCAGACAUCCAACACGAUCACGUUAUUUUACCAAACUGUUCGAGAUUAUCCAGGUGUGAGCUAUCAAUUAAGUAGGAUAAGCGACUCGAAGUUGAUAUUCAAGUUAUUUUUCGAGAAGGACAUAAUAACGCAUCAGCUGGAACUGAUAGGAAUAAAAUGGCCGCCGAUGUGCAGCAGAAAUUUCGACACGAUGGAGGUCGAUUUUACAUUUACGAAGCAAAAGAAAGAGAUAUGGAAAUCUCAAGGUAGUCAAACGAUAUCCAGAGAGACAAAUACGAAUAGUCGAAUUUACAAAGAAUACGAAGUUGUUACGAAUAAAUCCCUUUCCAAAUUAGUUCACCUAUUAGUCGUUCGAGCGAAAAAUUUCUUGGAAGUGGUGCCCAUUGGCAGGCACGUAGAAGCCAAGAUGAACGUCAUGGGGAUGGAAGUAUCACGAUCGUACACGCCUGUCCCACCGUGCCUUCAUCCUGACGACAUAGCGCCAAAUUACAAAUCCGAUUGUCUGUGUUUAAUGAUCAAAAGAUACCCCCAAGGUGCUCUCAGUCCGUCCAUAACCGCUCUUCAGAUUGGCCAAACCUUCCUCUUGAGCAAUGCUUUAGGUGCCUUUGUAAUAGAAUCCUUCGAUCGUUAUUCUGUCAUUCACAUGCUCGCGGGUGGCACCGGUUUGACAGCGAUGCUUGGCAUCAUUCAACGAGCUUUGGCCAGGCGCAGCGUGAAGACUAUAAACUUACUUAACUUCAAUAAAAAUGAAGAAAACAUGUUUUACGUGGCGGAAUUAGAAAAGGCUAGUGCAGAUAAAAAAUUAAAAGUCACACAUAUCCUUUCGCAAGCCGAAAGCACAUGGACGGGUAGACGUGGCACGAUAUCCGAUGAUUUAUUAAAGGAAUUGGUCGCAGAAACUUCCCCUGACGCGUGUGUUUUUACCUGUGGACCUCCAGGAUUCAUACAAUCCGCGAAAAAAUCUCUUCAAAAACUUGACUGGAAACCCUACCAAAUGUACGAAUUUGACGAUUAAGUGCACUCAUCGAGAAUGUACCUCUCUCUUUUGAUACCAAAUAUCGAAACAUUGAACGCAUGAUGGAAACAUUGGUAGCCGAGUAUUUUCUUUGAGAAAAAUAGUAAAUAACGUAUCAUUGUCGAAUUUUUAAAAAGAAUCUUUUGGAUACUUUUACUCCUAUUUCCGCCCGCAGCCUCAGUAUCGUACAUGUGAGUUCAUUAGAAAUAAAUUUCGAAUAUAUUAAAUAUAUUUGGAAAAGUGAGCAAAUCUUAUUUCAAGAAUUAUUAUAUAUUUUAUGUAUAUAUGUAUAAUUAAAUUUUAAUAAAUUAAAAUUUCAUUAAAAUUUACAUAUCGAAUGUAUCGAAAGAAAUUCAUUUUCGUUUCUUUUUAUUUUAUAGAACUGAUGUGUCUUUUGUGUAAUUUCUCAAAUCAAAUCAAUAAUUUAUCAAAUCAAUAAGAUUGUGUCAAACGAGAGACAAAUUUGUAUUUAAUACAAAUGCUCACUCUUUGUAUUAUAUCUACAAAAUUCGAAAAAAAAAAAAAAAGAGAAAAACGAGAAAAAUAAAUAAGAAAAAAAAAUAGGAGUAAGGGUCACAAAUGAAAGUCUUUGGAUUCUAUGAGACGAAUUGUGCGUAUAAGCGUCCAUGAAUGUACUUUCUACAUGAAAACAAAUUAUUUUUACAAAUGUCUUUUAACCUAUCAUCCAGAGAACUGUAUUUUGAACGAUUUAUCCGGGAAUAUUCACAAAUAUUUUCGGACGUAAACCAAUUCGAAACGAUCAUGGUGCUAUUUUUUAAUCCUUUCGUGCUCGAUUUUGCGUAUAAGAUACAUUCACACACUUGAAACUAUCAAAUCCAUCAAAAGAUAAAAAUAUAUAUAUAUAUAUAAAGAAAUAGAAAAAAAAAAUUAGAUCAUGAAAUGGUUAAAUAAACCGAAAUAUAUUUCUUAACCAUAUUCGAGAAAACUUAUCUUUAUUCGUUCUUUAUGAAAAAGGUAAAGAUAUUUAAUUUCUAUGUAAAAAAUUAGAAUGAUUAAAAUUAAAAAAAAAUUUUAGCCCUUUCCUUUGGAAAUAAAUUGUGUGCCAAACAAAGGCCUUAGAACUCUGAAUGAACUCAUAUAACCAACAACAUGGCCUAAUCGAGAUGUUAAGUCUCAUUAGUUAUUUAUUAGAUCUUAAUUGAUUCAGAAUUUGUAGACAGAUAGAAAAAUAUCAGUAAUAAUCUGUUAAAAUUUUUAAUUUGAUCGAAUACACAACACAACACAAAUAACACUAUUCGAUAGUUUUAACUGAAUCUAUCUAGUUUCUAUGAAAUAAUUCUUUACAAAAUAAUUUCUAAGUUUCGAUCUU